AUGGGAGCAUCUAGUGGUGGACCAAUAUUCUUGAAAUCGAUCAAUUCUACUGGGAUUGUCAAGGAUGGUAACUAUGUUGCUAAGUUGUUUAUUAAAGCCAUAGAAGAUGUCGAUGCAAAAAAUAUUGUCCAAGUUAUCAGCGAUAAUGCAAGUAAUAUGAAGCUUGUCAGUUCUAUUGUUGAGAAAACUUUUCCGCACAUAUUUUGGACACCAUGUGUCAUUCAUUGUUUAAAUCUUGCUUUGAAAAGUUUGUGCCAACCUUUGGACAAAUCAACUCACUUUGAUAAUUGCAAAUGGAUAGUGCAGUUGAUUAGUCAAGCGAGUAGCUUAAAGAAUUUUGUCAUGAAUCAUGACAUGGCGCAUGCCAUUUUCCAAAAACAUUCGGAGUUGUCUUUGUUGAAAGUUGCGGAAACAAGAUUUGCUUCCCAUAUUAUUAUGAUUUCUCGUAUUAAAAUAGUAAAAAAGUCAUUGGAAAUAAUGGUGAUGGAUGAUGAAUGGAAGAAUUAUAAGGGAGAUAAAAAGAUUGAAGCUAAAGCACGUGACAUAAAAUCUCUUGUGAUGGAUGACGGAUGGUGGGAUACUAUUGCUUACUUUUUGAAGUGUACGGGUCCAAUUGUGUCCAUACUUAGAAGUGCCGACCUUGAUUGUCCACAGUUGCACCUUAUUUAUGAUAUGUGGGAUACAAUGAUUGAAAUGGUGAAGGUGAUUGUAUUUGAGCAUGAGCAGAAAGAUCUUAUUGCUGGCCAAUUUUUUUUUAUACCAUUUAUGCAAUUUGAUACCAUUUAUGCAAUUCUUGUGGCUAGGUGGAAUAAAAGCAAUACUCCGUUGCAUUCUAUGGCGCAUUCAGUGGUUCCGAAAUAUUAUCAUGAAUCGUGA